CCCCUCCCAGAAUUGAGCCAGACAGGGAGCUGCUCACUAACCUGGGUCCUUAGCUUCUACCUCCGAGAAUGCCGGUCUCCGAUUUCAGUACAUGGAUGCACACAUUUCAAGAACUGAUCCAGGAGGAGGAACCCGGGAACAGGUGGACCCUGCAGUUGAAUAAGAGCAUUGUACCAGAUGAGGUGGCCCUGGGAUGGAGGCAGUACCAGCAGACAGUACCUGGCAGGUUCCAAUGUUCCAUCUGUAACAGAGGUUGGUCUUCUGCCCAAGUGAAGAUCUUGUGCCACAUGUACAAGGAGCUAUCUCAGGGCCGGGUCCUCAUGAGAAUCUUUGCUCAGAGGUGCCAGAAGUGCUUUGGGUCUCGGUUUGAGGAUCCUGAGUUCUCCACAGAGACCAUCAACAGGAUUCUGAAGAAUCUAGUCAAUUAUAUUCUGCGGAGAUACUAUGGACACGGCUUCAGGAACAUACCAACGACACCAAAUGCGUGUUUGGAUGAAAAGUUGUUUGUGGAUGGGCCCCAUGACGCAUGCAAUUGUGAGGCAUGCGCUCUUGGCCGCAGUGGAGGGUGUGCCUUUAAACCCAAAGCAAAGCUGCCCAAAUCCCCAUCUCCUUCACCAAAGAGUCACAGUUCUUUUCCACCAAAGAGCUGCUACUCUUCACCUCAGCCUGGGAAUAUGUCUUCUGAAAGGCUUUUUCAGGAACGCACAGAGCCCCGUGACUCAAGUAUAUCACUAUUAGGUAUUUUGGCUAUUGCUGCAGUUACCAUUCUUGGUCUUAUCAUCAGAUAAUAGGUUUGUGGUCUUUUUUAAUUCUAUGGUUAUCAAUAAAAUGGAUAUCAUUUUAAUAUGGCAGUGAAAGAUUUGCUACCAAGCAAGGCCAAGCAUAUAGCAUAAGCCUGGUUUGGUGGACAUGCUCUGAGAAUAACCUAAAACACAAACAAGACCAAUGCACAAUAGAUCCAAUAACAAAUGUGUAUUGGAUUGCUGAAGGAUCUGCAUGCACUUGCUCACUUA